AUGCCUUGUAUCAUAUCCAGUGUUGCUGGUAUGAUCCGCAUUCCAAACCUCUCAGACCAGCCAUUAGCUUUGAAGCACAAUGAGCACUUUUGUCAACUAAACUCUGUUUUUAAUCCAUUAAAGGCAGAUGAGCAGCCGAGACCCAUUCCAAUACCCACCAAGCCACAACCAACUCCGAAAGAAAAGUGUUUUUCCACUUCCAUCAAUCUUGAUCCUGCGCAUCUACUACCCACCAAUGUGUUCGUUAAGUUUGGUAAUCUUCAUAAACAAUUCAAUACUGUGUUUAAACCCGAGUUUGAAGGCUACAAUGGUGCUUCAGGCCCCUUCAAAGCCAAAGUGAACAUGGGUCCUGUCGAGCCACCACAACGUACAAGGCGCUUACCCCAGUAUUCACACGAGAGACUUGUGGAGUUACAACAAAAAUUCGACAAGCUGGAGGAGUUGGGAGUAUUUAAAUGGCCAGAAGAUGUUGGAUCGCUGUUCAUUACCUUAAUCUUUCCUUCGUAG